AUGCAGUGGGCCAUCCUCGCCGCCGUCGCUCUGCUCGCGCAGAAUGCGGCUGCUCAGAACAUGCUUCGGUUCGCGUGUUCGCAACUCGUUGUUGAGCGAACCGACCCAAUCGUCAACAAGGGCGAAUUGUGGACUCCUCAUCUUCAUCAGAUCGUUGGAGGCAACUCCUUCAAUAUCACCAUGGACCCGGAUACUCACGAUCUCGCAGCACUAUCUACUUGUACAUCAUGCACAUUCAAGCAGGAUCUUUCAAACUACUGGACAGCGGUCAUGUUCUUCCACCACAAGAACGGGAGCUAUACUCGUGUUCCCCAGGUUGGCAAUGGAGGUCCGCAAGGACGUCUGGUGAACAAGGGUGGUCUCGAUGUUUACUACAUCCCCAGUGGCAAGACCACGGCUUUCAAGAAGGGUUUCCGCAUGAUUGCUGGAAAGGCCUCGAACACGGAUCCUAGCAAAGUUGACAAGAGCGCUAUUUGCCAUCGUUGCUGGACCUCUACGAGCGACAACAACUUUGUUGGUGGUGCUCCUUGCACCGGUAGCGACACUGUCGCCAUUCCCAAAGACCCGUCAUGCAAGAUGAUUCGUCAGACCAUCAUCUUCCCAACCUGCUGGGAUGGCAAGAACCUUGACAGUCCUGACCAUCAGAGCCACGUUGCAUACAGCUCUGGCUCAGGAGCUACAGGAGGUGGCGCAUGCCCAUCAACCCAUCCUGUGAAGCUUCCUCAAAUCAUGUAUGAACUGAUGUGGAAUGUCACCAACUUCGCAGACAGGAAUAUGUGGCCCACCGAUGGCUCUGACCCCUUCGUUUAUAGCAUGAACCUCGGUGGACCCGCAGCUCACGGUGACUACGUAUUUGGCUGGGAGAACGACUCUCUCCAGAAGGCAAUGGACAACGGUUGCAACCUCAACGUUGCCUGUCCCAAGGCCGGUCUUACCGUUCAAACAUCCGACCAGUAUAGCGCUUGCACAAAGCAGCAGCAAGCCAAGGAGAAUGUCGAUGGCUGGCUCAAAGCUCUUCCUCUAGGUGAUAUGGCUGUAAUGGCUUAA